AUGAAAGGCACUCAAAAAAAUUUCGAUAAAGGAUAUGUGCAUAAUAACUUCAACAUUAUGGAAAUGUUAAGUGCAACAAAAAAUAAAUUAGGGGCUAAAUGUUAAUUGCCUCAAAAAGAAAGCCGAUAAUAUUCUCAUCAUGUUGAUGGAAUGCAAAAAAACUCACUUAAGGUUAAAAACUUGCUUGUGAUAAUUGAUGAUUAAGUACUAUAAUUCAAUAUAAUAAAGAAAUUGUUUCAUAAGGUAUAAGAGAGCGUUCAAUCUUAUAGAAGUCCUAAGAACUUUUAAACAACCUAACAAAAUGAUAUGAAUGAUUAGGAUAAUUAGAAAAAUGGGAAUUCGAGAAUUCUUUCUCCAAGAGAAUAAAAUGAAAUGAUCGAAUAUUUGUAAAGAAAAAAUGAAGAAUUAAUUUAAGAAAAUAAAUCAAAGCAAUAACUUAUAAAUAAACUAUUAGGAGUUAAUAACGGGUCUGAAAAGAUAAAAAAAAUUCAAUCACCUAAAUCAUAGUAAAAAUUUUAAUACAUUCCAAAAUCAGCUGAUGCAAGAAAUAAAAUAGAAAAUGAGAUUCGAUUGCCUUUAAUUAAACCAUCAGAACCAAUUUUAGAGUAGAAAAUAGAAAAAUAGACAAUCUAAAACGAAAUUUAAAGAUGUGAUUUGCUAAAUUAAUAUAACAUGAGUUUUGGAAAAUAAAUUAAUUUAAAUGAGGAUAAAAAAGAAUAGUUACAAAUAACCUCAGAUUAAAGUAGAUAAAGGAACCCAAGAGAGAAAUUGUAUUCAUAACCAAAUCAACCUUUGAAAAAAAAUCAUUUUUCAAAAAUGUUGUAAAAAUUGCCUUUAGAAUUUCAUCUAGAGAUUGAAAAUCAGAAAAGUUAGCUUUGA